CUCUCAGUCCAGUUGAAGGGUUUUCCUGACCGAGUGCAGACUGCCUGCUGCAGAGUGAGAAUCCUGCAUUUUGGUGGCGUGGGUGGAAAGAAGACUCAGAGAGGAGGAGGUGCACCUGCUAAAUGAAGAGCACAGCGUAACUUUGGAUCAACGACUUUGAACCACAGCAGCAAAAUGACAGCUGCCACAAAACUUCUGGAUGAGAUGUGCCAUCUGACGGCUCAGUCUCUGAGCUCAAUGGACACAUCGGAGCACUUCAAGGUCCUGAAGCUGCUGGGUGAAGGCUCGUAUGGAAAAGUCAUGCUGGCGGUGCACAGAAAGAGAGGCACUCCGAUGGCUCUGAAGUUCUUCCCUCGAGAGUCCACUUCUCUGUUCUCUUUCCUGAGGGAGUACAACCUCUCCCUGUCCUUCUGUACCCAUCCAUCCCUCACCAGAGCUCUGGGAAUAGCCUACGCCACACCGUCACACUACAUCUUUGCUCAGCAAGCCAGCCUCUUUGGUGAUCUAUAUGAAGUCAUCAUACCUGAGGUGGGUGUAGAGGAGGACUGCUGUCAGCGGGUGGUGUCUCAACUGUGCGGCGCUCUUUCCCACCUGCACUCCCUUGGUUUUGUCCACAGAGAUCUCAAACCAGAGAAUGUCUUCCUUUGUGACUCUGCCUGCCGCUGGGUCAAACUGGGAGACUUUGGCAUGGUAAAGGCCAGGGGAACCAGGGUGCCAGAGGUCUGGUACAGCUCUCCCUACUGCACCCCUGAGGCUGAGAUUGCUCGAGGUAACGAGGACAGCGGAAGAAUAAAUGACGCCCUUAAGGAUGAUAAAGAGAAGAAGAAAAAGAGAGUUUGGGUGUCUGUGGAGCCAAGUACAGACAGCUGGGCGCUGGGUAUCUUGACCUAUGCCAUGCUUACGGGCAGUCACCCCUGGGCUGAAACAGCCAGCGACUGCCACUCAUACCUGAAAUAUCGAGAGUGGUUUGAAAGAACUAAAAGCCCCAGUGAUGAACUGGACGUGUGGGCUGAGCCACAAACAGAAGAAGAAAAGAAGAACCAGCCUCCCACAGCGCCCCAGUUUGUAUGUUUCACCCAGCUGGCAUGCUCCUUUUUCCAGUCACUCCUCAACCCCUGGCCACAGCUUCGUGGGCAGCCUGAGGAGGCCUUGAAUUACCUAGGAGGAGACUGGAUGAUGGAGAAGGAGAAGGUGAGGCUGGAGGAAGAGCGGAAGAAGAGUGGAGGGAAAGGAGCAAUCAGAAACAUGAAAGAGAUGGAGGGGAGAGGAGAGCGAUAAACACAGUUUAUCAAAAGUACGCAGAAAGAGGCAAUUGUGCCUCUGUGCUUUAUCCUAACCCACGGUUACAGGAGCCUGACA